CAGAAGAUUUUCAACUAUAAUAAAAAUUUCACAAACUAUAACCGAUAAAAAAUUGACUCUCAGCCACAUGUUCUUCAGAUGAAACUGGAACCACACCAUAAACAUUUCCCACACACCCGCCAGCAUAUAACCACAAAUAUGCUUCAAAUGCCUUCCCGAUCCUUUGUCACAAUGCUAUUGCUGUUAUUUAUGACAAUAUUCUCGAGCAUUGUGGCCACGGUGUCAGCACAAUGUCCUUGGCAAAGGGAACUACCCGAUCUGCAGACAUCCUGUAUAUGUUCAUAUAAUCUGGGGAGAGAACUUUCGGUUCAAUGUGAUCAGGUUCCCUUCCCCAAUCUCCUGGAGGCCUUAAAUAAAUUCGUCAAAAAUAAACCCAUCGAUUUGUUAUACAUCAACAACUCCACAGUGGGCGAUCUGCCCGACAACAUAUUCGCCAAUCUCAGUUUGCACAAUGUGCAAUUGUCGAGUUGUAAAAUAUCCCAAAUCAGCGAUGGUGCCUUCCAUGGGCAAGAGGAGGUCUUGAAAAACCUCAAUCUUCAGGACAAUCUACUGGCGGAAGUUCCCACAUCGGCCUUGAGAAUCUUAAAGAUUCUCAAUCUCCUGGAUUUAUCCAAAAAUCGCCUUUCUACGAUAGCGGAUGAAGCCUUUAAGGGUUUGUCACGUUUAUCCACACUAAAGUUAAAUGACAAUAAUGUCACCCUAGCAGUGGGGGCCUUUAGGGGUCUGGAGAGCAGUCUCAAAAAUUUAAAUCUAAAGGGAACUCGCCAGCGACGAGUGCCAGAGAGCAUAAGGGGGCUAAAAAGUUUGGCCUUUUUGGAUUUGUCUUUGAAUGGCAUCAAAGAGUUGCCUGGUCCCGGAGGCAUACGCACCUUUGAUGGCCUGGACUCUCUAACAGCCUUAAAUCUAGAGCGUAAUCUCAUACAAAAUCUGGGAGAGUCCUCAUUUGUGGGUGUACGCAAGACCCUGAGUUCCUUGAGUUUGUUAAAUAACUUGCUGGCCGAUUUCCCUGUGGGCGCUGUGCAUGCCUUAAAGGAAUUAAGAGUUUUGGAUAUUGGCUUCAAUUUGCUGACCUCAUUGCCAGAAUCUGCAUUCAGAGGCAAUCCUAGCAUAACUCUAUUGGCCUUGGAUGGCAAUCCCUUGGCCACAGUGCCAGAGAAGGCCUUCUUGCAUUUGAAUACCACCCUGAGAGGCCUUUCAUUGGGUGGACGUUUUCUGCACUGCGAUUGUAGAUUAAAAUGGGUGGCCGAGUGGAUACGCAAAGGAGAUUUGCAGGUGACUUCACGUGAACGUAAUCCCCAAUUCUGUGGCAGUCCCCAACGUUUCCGUGAUCGUGGUUUCUAUUCCAUACAACCGGAUGAGUUGAUCUGCAGCCAAACCGAAGUAGAAUUGGGCAAUGCACCCUUUGGAGCAGAUGAUUCACUAGCUCCCUCCUUGGCUCCCAAAUCUAUUCCUAAUAACACUCAAGCCAGUGCCUCAAACACUGUGGAUACCAUAGUGAGUAGUAGUAGCACUCCUACAGCAGCCACACCCUUCACAACCAACAACAAAGAGCCAGAGAGCAGUUUAAGUCCCAGCACCACAACAGCAGCCUCUUCAACCUCCAGCACAGCUGUGACAACUUCCUUAAAAACACCCACGACUAAAGCCACCACCACAUCCACCCCCUCAGCCCAGUCAUCCUCGGCCGAGACUCCCAAUGGCAAUGCUGCUGCCCCACAACAACCUAUACAGCCAACUCAUCAAUCAACAUCCGGCAUUGGUUCAGCCUCCCCCACCACCAUCACACAAUCACAGUCGAAUAGCAACAGCAACAAACAGUCGCCCUCUUGGCGUCAAAAUUCAAGCAGCGGCAGCGGAGGUACUUCAGUUAAUGGCACUCCCCACAAACAACAACGUCCACCUCUGGUGCUGGGCUUCCCACCACAACGAGGCACUCGCAUUGAUGAUGCCAAUGAGGUGCAGGUGAAAAAUGCCUUCCGCCAAGAUAGCUCGGUCAUCAUUCAAUGGGACUCGGACACGGCCAACAUUCUGGGUUUCCGCGUCGUCUAUCGUCUCUUUGGUGAGAAGUCCUUCAAGCAAGGACCCCCCUUGGAGGCCAGCGAACGUGAGUUCAAGAUAAAAAAUGUCCCCGCCCAAGAAUGCAUUAUAGUGUGUGUCAUCUCCCUGGAGGAGUUGCAUGUAACGCCUGAAACUGUGCCCUAUCAACAGUGCCGCGAGGUGCGCACCGUAGCCUCACAGACAUCCAAUAUGGACAAGAUAACGAUAGCGGCAAGUGCGGCCAUUUGUGGUACCAUCAUUGUGGCUGUGAUUGUUUUUAUAGCAGCAAGCAGACGUUCUCGCAAAAUGCAAUCAUCGCAACAAAAGAGCCCACUGCCAAUUGGAGGAUUGCCCGUAAAUUGUUGUGGUCCAGCCGGUUCACCAGGACCACUUGGCUCAAUAGCAACGCUUUCGGCAUUCAAUAAUCACAAGGAAUGGGAUCAAGUCUCUGCCUAUAGUGGACGUUCCAUACCCAGACCUCGGGUCUAUCCCAUGGACAAUCAGGAUGAUAUGCGUAGUCAUUUUUCGGGUAUGCCCGGCAAGCUAGCAAAGCCCAGAUCCAUUGCCGAUGGGCAAUCGCAGCAUAGCUUUUCGAAUAAUUCACAUCGCGGCUAUUUGGGUACCGCAUUUCCAACGAAUUUAGUUAAUUCCCGUCCCGAAUUGAGGCAAUCGCGUCAAUCUUUAGCAGCAGCCUCAGAGAGAAUGUCACGUGCCUCGUAUGCCGGUUCAAUACAUGGCGGUCCCACCAGUGUGGCGUCAAGCACACGCCGUUCACGGCCGCGUUCUAGAUCACGCGAUCAAUUGAAUGUCACGCACAUACACAAUCAUCGACCUGGAAGUCGAUACUCCACAGCUGGUUCCACCCAUACUCUAAAUAACUAUUGCGAUACAUCGGAUAAUUGGACCGAUCAUGAUAUGGACAUUUACAUGGCUAGAAAUCCAACUACACGCAAUGGUUUAGUGCCAUUAUGAGGGCGGGUUAUGCUUUCCUGAUAUUUCGAUGUUGUAUUAAAUUUAGAUGAACUUUUCUGACAAUACGUUACGCCUAAUCGUCGCAAUCAACAACAACAACAGCAGCAACAGCAACAAGCUGAACGACGGAAUCGUUUCCGUUGCCAAGAUAAUAAUGGAGGUAAU